AUGGCGGACACGGUGGCCGCGGGCGGUGGCACGGCAGACCUGGCGGCGGAAGUACGGCGUUCUUCGCAGGCCGUCUGGGCCGAGGGCGUCGACCACGGCGACGAGCGCGACGCCAACCGGCUCUGGAACGACGAGCGCCGCCGCGUCAUGCUCGUCGAUUUCGACCACGCAACCCUUCUUCCAAACCUCAAACACAAGCAGCUUUUAAAGGUACCCGAGGAGCCGGAUUCACAGCGCGGGUGUCAAAACAUGCAUUUGACAAACUGCGGCGGGAAAGGCGUGCAACUUGCUCCGCCAGGAUGA